UUGUCGAUUUUUUUAAAUUCAUUUGCUUUUUAACUCGGCACUUUUUUGUCGUUUUGUGUGCGUCCUGCCUCAGGUUUGGUUGAGGGGCCAACCGUGCCGCCUUCGUCAUCAUCUCCCUCUGCAACACCGACAGUACCGAAAAUUCCGCCGGCGACCAUCGGCUCCAUGAAUGCCAGUUCCCCGGGAUCUGCCUUUCCGUUUCCGUCGUCGAGUCCCAGUCCCAAUCCCAAUCCCUCGGCGUCUGGCCCUGCAGGUGGUACCGGUGCGGCAACGAACACGAAUGCUACGGAUCCGCAGAGCGUGGGCGGCGGGGGCGGCGCGACGUUGCCGCCCGUGCCGGACAACAGUGUCCCACAGGCCAACCCGUCGUUCCCUUCGGGCGUGGGGAACGACUCCACGCCGCUGAGCCCGCAAUCAACCUCGUCGUUGCCCGCGGGAAACUCCGUUCGCUGGUGUGUAACGAACGCCAAAGAGGUGGAACUGUGCAAGACGCUGAUCACCUACCUGCAGCCUGUGACCCCUAGUUAUACGUGGAGCUGCGUUCAGAAGGUGAGCUAUAAUGCGUGCAUUGACGCGAUAGAUGCUCUCGUCCCGGAGGCGGAUAUGGUAAGCUUGGACCCGGGGUGGAUGUACUAUGCCUUUUUUGAAAGGCGAAUGAUGCUCAUUGCUAUCGAGGAUCGACCCUACGGUUACUUGCCCCAUGCCGUUGCGGUCGUUAAUGCGCAACUCUGUGAUAAGCAGGCCCGGGAUAAGAAGAGGCCCAAUCUGCAGAUCAGCGACUUGCGCUCGCUUCGAGCCUGCCUACCGGGAUACCGACUGGCUGCGGGUUGGAAUUUCCCAGCCAAAUACCUUCUCGACAACAAGCUAGUCACGCCCAAGAACACCAACCCCACCCUUGCCAACGAUAUCGAAAUGUUCCAGUCGUUCUUCUCGAAGGCUUGCAUGCCGUCGCAAGAGGCGUCUGUCAGCAUAUGCAGCAGCUGCACGGAUCAAUGCACCAUCCCAGAAGGGCAGAAAUCCAUCUACGAGGGGUAUGUGGGGGCCUUCAGGUGCUUGAUGGAAGGCAAGGGGGAUGUGGCCUUUCUCAGAAACGGUGUCGUGCAGGAUUACUCGCAGACGGGAGUGAUGGCUCUUGCCUGGGAGCAGGAGUUCAACAGCACGUGGGCAAACUUGAGGAUGGCCAGCGAAUUCCGACUGCUUUGUCCCGACGGUGGUUGUAGGAGCAUCGCGGAUGGCCCAGUGGGUUGCUCGUUUGGCCCCGCAAGGGUUCCUGGCAUUAUGGUGAGAAACAACCUGCCAUCGGAUAUGAAGCAAGGGAUUCAGAACGCAUUGAGCACGGCUAGCACGAACAAUGACGAUUUCAAGCUUGCUGUCCAGCAGGGGAAAAACGUGGAGGAACUUAUCUUCUCAUCGGCAAUGUCGAGAAUCGAGCUGUGGAACAACCUUACAAGGCCUUAUCUCGACUCGACACUUGAGUCCGUCGAUUUGAUCUCUUCAUGGACUGCGCUAGAGAACCUGAGUAAUAUUACGAUGUCCUCAGCAAGGCGGUUGUUGAGUAAAGAAGGGUCCUUACCUUUCAGGUUGAUGCAGCUGGUUGUGGCGGUUGUCGUUUCUUCGGUGAUGCUCGUCCUUUUUUGAGCUCUUGCCGUUUAUUUCUUUCACUUGUCGACACGUGUUGAUGGAGAUGCUUUCGGAGUGUUGCCAUGCAGUCGAGAUGCGCAAUCCACAGCCUCUCUCUCUCUCUCUCUCUCUCUCUCUCUCUCUCUCUCUCUCUCGGCGUUGCUAUUUAUUCCACACACACAGGCAAUGGUCGGCUGUACAGAGAUGCUGUCGUGGCCGUGGUUUCGCCCAGCGUUCAGUCCCAACGUCGAUAUUGUUUUUGUCGGUGCAUCAUACGAUCCGAAUGACGAGUUUUGCAAGUCUCUUUGGCUAAUGUCGAAGAGCACCAAGUCGUGAUUCCUUGCAAACGGGGCGGCGAUAAUGGAUGCGUGCAUGGAAUUGAGACCCAGCUUCAUGGAGGACUUGCUUGUUCGGCGCAGAGACUUGUGUUUGUUUGCGCUGAGGAAAGCGGACAAGGGGACUGGGUGAGAGGGAGGGGGAGGGGGAGGUGGAAGAUUAGUAGGAAGAGAAAAGUUAUGGGUUGUAACUGCUGUGAGGUGCAGGUUGUGAGGCUGGCAAGCGAGCAAGCGAGCGACUUCGUUAGGAGGAAGGUGUUUGUUUGAGUGAAGAGCAAGAGUUGAAGCUUGAAACCGAGUGCUUGCAAAUAUAUCGGGAAGAUCAUUCAACAAGGUGAAGUUGAGCGAAUGGCCGUAUAUCGUUUGCAAGGGAUCAUCGUCAAUAGAUUGUGACUAUAGAUGUACAGGCGCACGAGAGUAGUAGUCUGAGUAUAGUAGAGUAGGCGGUUAGGGUUAGGGUGGGGGCGGGGGGUGCGGGGGGGGGGUCAGGUGGGCUUGUUUGUUUAGCUGCUGCGUCUGUGCCGACGAGUUUUGGAGCGUUCUUUGGUAGUUUUCUUUCUGAGCCUUUUAUCUCUGAUGAUCCAUUGGUGAAUUGCUUUUUUUUACCUUUUUUUUUUUCUUUUUUUUUUUCAGAGUUGCGUUUUAUCUGAUGAUCCAUCGUUCCUUCUUUUUUCUUUUGUUUAAUUGCUUUUGAAUUGAUGUUUAUCUGAUGGUCCAUCGUUCUUUCGUUUUUUUUUUCCGUUCCCCUUGCCUUGCCUCACAAGGGGAUUUUCGUCAAGAAUGCGGCACCCCCCUCUCAAGCGUGGAAAUAUGGAAACCAUCUUCAGCCUUUUUGGGGGGUGUACCUUUGGGGGGUGUACCUUUGGGGGGUGUACCUUUGGGGGGUGUGUACCUUUUGGCAUUGAUUUGAGAUUUUGGUAGUCUGCUGCACCGGGGGAUUUUCUACAAGAACGCGUUUAGUUUGAGCAUUGAUCGACCUCAGUUCAGUUUGCCUGGUAGGCAUGUUCUUUGCCCCUGUACCCCAUCGCCAGAGGAGAAGAUCUACCACCACCCUCAAUCCCUAGAUAUCGUUUGGAGGAAGCCUUUAUGUUUAGCUUUCGUAG